AUGCUAAAGCGUGGCUUGCACCCUGAUGUUGUCACUUUUGCUACUUUGAUAGAUGUUCUACGCAAAAUGGGGGAUUUGAAGGCUGCGCGAAACUGUUUUGGUUAUAUGGCAGAGUUUGAUGUUGUUCCUAAUGCCCAUGCUUAUAAUUCUUUGAUUGAUGGGUAUUGUAAGGCAGGGAACUUGCCCGAAGCAAUGCAAUUGCGGGUGGAAAUGGAAAGGUGUGGAAUCUUCCCUGAUGUUGUCACAUACAAUAUACUCAUCAAGGGUCUGUGUGGCUCGGGUAGAUUGGAAGAAGCUACGAGUUUGAUAGAGAAAAUGGAUGAAGUUGCGGUUCUUGCCAAUUCUGCGACGUACAAUGUGGUGAUUGAUGGAUUCUAUAAAACAGGUGACAUGGAGAAGGCUAUUGAGGCAUGCUCCCAAACGACUGAAAGGAAAAUUGAACCUAAUGUUAUCACGUUUUCGACAUUGAUUGAUGGGUUUUGCCAGAAAGGUAACGUAAAAGCUGCAAUGGGCUUGUACACAGAAAUGGUAAUCAAGGGUAUUGUGCCUGAUGUGGUAACUUACACGGCUUUGAUUGAUGGACACUGCAAGGUUGGGAAAACCAAAGAGGCUUUCAGGUUGCACAAGGAGAUGCUGGAUGCAGGACUAACGCCCAAUGUGUUCACAGUUAGUUGUGUAAUUGAUGGCCUUUUGAAAGAUGGAAAGACGAAUGAUGCAAUCAAACUGUUCUUGGAGAAAACUGGAGCUGGUUGCCCUGGUGGUAAAAUCGAUAGCAGGUUUUGUUCUCUAAACAGUGUGAUGUAUGCCAUUUUAAUUCAAGGAUUAUGUAAAGAUGGAUGGAUCUUUAAGGCCACUAAGUUUUUUGCGGAAAUGAGAUAG